UAGGAAUUCAUUUUUUAUUAAUGCUUUUAUUCACCAGAAUGAGUUAACCGAAGUAUUUCGGAUGCCAACGGCACCUGAGCAGAUGGAUUUCACGUUCAUUUGCACUGGCAUUAUUACUUGAAACUGGCCCUACAGAGGGUGUGAUCGCGCUUUUAUUAAAGCCAGAUUAGGCUGCGGCUGUUAAUAGAUACCAGACGGCUCAACAGGAUCUAAGAGGGCGUCAUGUGAUUUUUCUCAUUUUCCCCACUUCUCCUUUGAAAAGCUGGAAGGCAGCACUGAGUCGGUCAGAAGCUUAAUGUUUAGGAGCGGAGGUUGUUUUGUCUAAGAUUUCUUUAAUUCAUUAUUUGUGCGAUUUAGCUGGUUAGUAUAACCAGAUACACGCGGAAGGCAAAAUGGCUGGGGCAAUAAUAGAAAAUAUGAGUACCAAGAAACUCUGCAUUGUUGGAGUGAUUUUAUUAAUUUUUCAAGUAAUUGCAUUCCUGGUUGGAGGGUUAAUUGCUCCCAAACCUACUAGAGCAAUGCCUCACAUUGCUGCGAAGUGUGUGGAUAUAAGAAAAAAUCAUCAUAAAACGAAAUGGUUUAUGCCUUUGGAUCCGAACCAGUGUGAGAGCAUAGCCAACCUAGAGGAUGCUGAAGGCAAGAUGAUCAGAGCCAGUGAUAUAGUCUUUGCUGCCCAUAUUCCUCUGUUUAACAAUUCGAUGACCCCCUGGUUCCAGUUUAUGUUGGUAAUUCUACAGUUUGACAUUGUAUUCAAAAUGGACAAUCCUAUUGAAGAUGGUGCAAUUGUUACUCUUGAUGUAUCACUCGGCUACCGCAAUAGCUCUAAAGAUGACUGGACACUUAUGGCACAUUCGGUCGAGGCAAGAAAACUUAAAUGUAAUUUUACAGCCUCAAAGACUUAUGAAAAUGAGGGGCGACACUAUGAAUGUGAUCUACUGCCUUUGAUGGAGAUAGGAACUGUGGCUCAUAAGUACUACCUUAUUAAUAUGCGUCUGCCAGUAAGUGAGAAGAAGAAGGUUAAUCUGGGAAUAGGAGCAAUUAAGGAUGUCACCUUUGUGAGCAUUCAUCAAAAUGGUGGUUUCACAAAGGUAUGGUUUGCGAUGAAAACCUUCUUGACUCCCAGCAUUGUAAUAAUCAUGGUCUGGUACUGGAGACGAAUUACCAAGAUGACUAGACCACCAGUUCUUCUGGAAAAAGCCAUUUUUGCUGUUGGAAUUUCGAUGACAUUUAUUAACAUUCCAGUAGAAUGGUUUUCCAUUGGCUUUAACUGGUCAUGGAUGUUAUUGUUCGGAGAUAUUCGACAAGGACUCUUUUAUGCUAUGCUUCUGUCUUUCUGGAUCAUCUUCUGUGGAGAGCAUAUGAUGGACCAAACCGAACGUAAUCGUAUUUCAGCAUACUGGAAACAGAUAGGGCCAGUUGUUUUUGGAUCGCUCUGCCUCUUCGUAUUUGACAUGUGUGAACGAGGUGUACAGCUCACAAAUCCUUUCUACAGUAUCUGGGCCACAGAGGUUGGUUCUGAGUUGGCUAUGGCAUUUAUCAUUGUUGCAGGUAUCUGUGCCUGCCUCUACUUCCUUUUCCUAUGUUUUAUGGUGUUCCGGGUGUUUAAAAACAUCAGUGGCAAGAGAAUGUCCCUUCCAGCAAUGUCCAAAGCCCGCAAACUUCAUUAUGAGGGCCUGAUUUUUCGGUUCAAGUUUUUGAUGCUUGUAACACUGACCUGUGCGGCUGUGACUGUAAUCUUCUUCAUUACUAGCCAGGUCAGUGAAGGCCACUUAAUGUUGGGUGAUCACACUGUGGAGAUGAGCAGUGCUUUCUUCACGGGAAUCUAUGGAAUGUGGAACCUCUAUGUCUUUGCCAUCAUGUUCCUAUACGCUCCAUCACAUAAACAUUAUGAUGAUAGUUCAUCAAAUGGAGAUAUAGUACUGAGUAGUACAGAAGAACAUCAGCUCACUACUACGAUCACUCAUGCAGAUGGGCCUACUGAAAUCUACCGACUGACUGGCAAGGAAGCUCAAGAAUAACAUGUUUGUGGUCAGCAGCAGUCAAAUUAAUUCGAAGGUGUGAGGGUGGAAGUUGGUAUUUGUCUCCAGGAGUACGGCGAAAACACAGAUUUUCCUGAGCUGGAUUUCUAGAAUUUGCUUGUAUGGGAAAAUUUCAUACAUCACCAGUGUACUUAAAACUUUACGGUUGUACUUAGCCACAGCCAUUGUCAAAAGUUUUCUUUCUAAUGCAGUAGUUUGUAACCUAGACUUCCUGUACUGCGUUAUUGAGGUUUUCCACUGAAAACUGCUACUGAGCUGUUGGCUUCUGCAGCUGAUUUGACACCCCCAGUAACAUUAUUUAUCAGUAUUAACUACAAUACUUCAAGUUAAGCUGCUUAUAUGGUCUGCAAGCACCCAAAACUACUAGGUACACAGUAGAUGUCUGAGUGCUACUGUAUGCUUUUAAAGCCAAAUAAGUUUUAAUUGUUCCUGUAGCACUGAUACAUAGCUACAGACUGUAAAAUGAAGUUCCUCAGAGGUACAGCAACACCUUAUAAACCUGUUCUGUUUUGUAGUGGAAAAAAGCAUUCUUAACUGUAUUUAUUUUUCUUAGCAGAUGUUACAAAGACUCUCCCUUUCGGGUUUAAUAUGAAUAUUUUAAAUACUUAGAGGACCAUUAUUUUAAGCACCUGUGUGUACUUUUUGUGUAUGGAGUACUAACAUCAGCACAUUGAUGUAGAUAUUUUAUAAACUUUGGUAGGGAUAACUGUCUAAUGCUUUUCUAGAGUACUGAUACAUUACUGUACCAAGUAUUAGAAAACAUUUACUUUUGUAAAAUAUAGUCAGCUGGGAACUUUACAUUUUCAUUUUUGAUAAUAUAAAUAAAAUUUGCAUAAUUGUG